GCAAGCGCAGUGUAAAAUAAACGCCAGCAGGUUGAUUAUAGCAUAGCAUAGCAUAGUUUAGCAUAGCUAUAACAGGAUUUUGUCUCAAAACUGUUAACGUGUAAAGGUUAUUUUAUAAAUCUCUCGAAUUGUUUAUUCAUCACCCGAAUUAUUAGUGACUAGAAAAAUAAUAUACAUGAAUGUCAGUCAAUCUACUUUAUUAUAUCAACAAUGCUAGCUUACAUAGCAAAACUAUCCAGCUAGUCGGAUAGCUUACUGCGUUGCUAUGGUAUCAGAAGAGAUAAAAUAAUGUCGACUGUCUCAAUUAAACAGGAGAAAGAGUGAAGCUGGAGGUGAGAGUCGGGCACACCGUGUGCACAAUCCAGCCCUGAAAUUCCAUCAUCCUGCGUCUCCGUCCUCGUGGCGCAGAGUGAUGACAUCACAGCGGCAAAGGCAUGCUGCACGUGCUGUUCCCGCUCCACAGACCUCCUCCUCCUCCUCCUGGAGGAGCUCGAGCUCACGCUCAGGACCCUCGACUUCACACGGCGGUGUGCAGGGCGCAUCCCAAUCCGCACCGUCUUCCUCUCGCACGUGGCCGGAGGAGGCGGUGGACGACGCGUACGGUCUGUACUCGCUGCACCGCAUGUUCGACAUCGUUGGCACUCACCUCACACACCGCGAUGUGCGCGUGCUCUCCUUCCUGUUCGUGGACGUCAUUGACGAGUACGAGCGUGGCGGAAUACGGGAUGGGCGAGACUUCUUGCUGGCGCUGGAGAGACAGGGACGAUGCGAUGAAACAAACUUCCGGCACCUUCUGCAGCUGCUGCGCAUCAUCACCAGACAUGACCUUCUGCCUUAUGUCACACUGCGCAAGAGACAGACAGUGUGUCCAGACCCAGUGGAUCAGUACUUAGAGGAGACAUCAGUGCGCUACAUUUUUCCACGAGGAAACAGAACAGAGAGUCCACAGGUCACACCGCACAGAUGCGCAGGUCCACAGCCUGUGAUUUGUUGCCCCUCUCCUGAGGUGUGUCAGCCACGCCCAAAACCAGCCACGCCCACUCCAAGCAGAAAGAGGAAGAGAACUUACAGUGCGGCGGACUGCCGGGAGAAACAGACCUGCGAUAUCCGUCUGCGCGUACGGGCGGAGUACUGCCAACACGACUCGGCCCUCCAAGGCAACGUCUUCUCCAACAAGCAGGAGGCGCUGGAGCGCCAGUUUGAGCGCUUCAACCAGGCCAACACCAUCCUGAAAUCUCGUGACCUUGGAUCCAUCAUCUGUGACAUCAAGUUUUCAGAGCUCACCUACCUGGACGCGUUCUGGCGUGACUACAUCAACGGCUCGCUGCUGGAAGCGCUGAAGGGCGUGUUCAUCACAGACUCGCUGAAGCAGGCCGUCGGCCACGAGGCCAUCAAACUGCUCGUCAACGUCGACGAGGAGGACUACCAGGCAGGCAGGAGGAAGCUCCUGAGGAACCUGAUGAUGGGGGGAGGGCUGGGGUCCGGGUCAGGAUCGGGGUCAGCUGGCCAGGGGGCGGGGACUUCAUAAUGUCAAAGUGAAAUUUUGACUGUAAGCUUGUUGUGUUGUGGAAUGUGGGUGGAGCCAAGCCGAGUUACAAGGACCUGAUGAACAGAUCACGAAGGAGAGAGAUGGACCUGGAGUGUCUGGGGAAAGAGGAUUUUAAAAAUAUGAAAACAAAAAUAAUCUUGGGCGGAGUGAUGCAUAUCGAGAUCAUGGUGUUUUAGAUUUCCAUCAGUGUGCCAACGAAGCACUGAAAAGCUUUUAAAAUAAAUUUAAAAAUUAUCAAGUUGUCCAAAAGUGAAACGUGAAUGUCGUUGAUCAGCCAAGACGUGUUUAUUUUCUAUAGUUUUGCACUCGAGGCUAACGUAGCUAAUGAGCUAAAGUAGUUUUUCUCACACAGAAUGUUUUCUGAAAAUAUGUUUUUAAAUUUUAAAGCCAAGGAAUUUCUAACAAAGGUGAGAGAAUACUAUUUUACGAGGUAAAAUAAGUGAUUCCCGUUGUACAAGAUGGACGCAAUCAUAAUGUUCGAGAGUCGAGCUGUUGCUCUGAUGUUUAGUUCCUGUUUUUCCUGGCGAUGACAGGAAGUUGAACAGGAAGUUGGAUGUAGGUUUGAGGAAGACAUUUUGUGUGAGAGAGACUUCCUUUAGUUAUAAGCCACAUUAACCUUGGAGCUCCAGGUUGCCUUGAAAAUCUGAACCGAACACGUCUUUGGUGGUUGACUGCGUUUCAGGGAAAAUCAUUAAAGCAGGUACAUUUCACCUUUUGGCAGAUUGUUCCUUUAAGGCAGCGCCCCCUUGUGGAGAACGCAGUUUGUUGCACAAAUAAGGCUCAAAUCCCAGGUUAUGCCACGCCUCCUUUCUCUCUCUCUUUCUCUCUCUCUCUCUGUGUUUAACCCCUGAAAGAAGUAUGGAAUCAGUCAUGUGGAGAAGAUCCUCAGUGACUGUUCCAGAAGAUUCCAUGGCUGAUGAAGUGGGUGGGAAAAAGAUUUUGUACGGUUUUCCUAUCGGAAUUAAACAACGUUACAAAACGUGGUAUCUAUUAUAUAGGCUGUAUGUUCUGGUGAUGUUUUGAGUGCUUGUCCAUUAAACCUGCAUGCCAACGAUUCGCUAACGUCACGGUAAGCUAGGCAUGUGCCGAUAAUCAAUUAUAGCUCACGUUGCAACGUUUGACAUACAGCGGUGGUGUUGUAUUACGGCCUGCUGCAUCCCGUCCGAGUGUGCAAUCCCAUAAUUUCAUUCAUUAUGGCAUUUUGGAACGUAGUAUGUAAAAGGUACAGUAUUGUAAACUGGGAUAAAAUACUGCGAUUUAAAAAAAAAUCGCAUUAUGAAAAUAUCGGUAAUAUCGGCACAUGCCUAUAGCAGAUAAAGGGUUUUUUUCUACGGCAUUUGCAGAUCACUGUUGCUGGUAAAACUGACCUGUCGAGCGUGUUGGUCCCCUGACGUCCUUCCAUUGGCUACGGUUGUUACGUAAAAAGGAAAAAAAAAGUUAGCUAGCUGUGUCAAAUAAGCUAGCGAGUGUUACAUUGAAGUAGCUAAAGGUCACCUCCAGAACCUCAGUCGUGAACAAUGAUGGUGCAGGGGAUCACCACGCUCCUCCAUGCCAGUACAGUUUGUUUUUAUAUCGAGUGUUUCACACCCUAUAAGGACUGUCAUUCCGAAUCCGAAUAAAGUGCUGCAAUAUGACAAUUUGUUUUGUUGUUGAUGAAGAUUUCUUUCUGGUUCCCACGGCAACGAUUGUGUUCAGUGAUGCGUCUACAUGCGUAGUAGCUGACUGAUGAACUAAGUGUACAAAAUCAAUAAAACAGAUUGUUACAAUAGUGAA